UUUGCUCUCUGAGAGCUUGUAAUAAGACACACGCCUCUUACAAGAGUUCAUGCUACAACAUAACAAAGAACCUUACAUUUUUGGAAGAGCAGUAUAUUCAUUUUGGCAUUGUGCAGAGGACCCUAAUUUCCCUACUCAAAAUGAUAGCAAUCACUGCCGUCAGCCCGGUGCUUCUCUUGUCCCUUCUCUGUGAAACAAGUGCCGUCAUCUUACUCAAUUCCACUGACUCAUCACCGCCAACCAAUAAUUUCACUGAUAUUGAAGCAGCUCUAAGCGCACCACUAGAUUCUGCGGAUAUUCCCAAAGCCAGGCGGAAGCGCUACAUUUCGCAGAAUGACAUGAUCGCCAUUCUUGAUUAUCAUAAUCAAGUUCGGGGUAAAGUGUUCCCACCAGCAGCAAACAUGGAAUAUAUGGUUUGGGAUGAAAAUCUGGCAAAAUCUGCAGAGGCAUGGGCAGCUACUUGUAUUUGGGACCAUGGACCAUCUUAUUUGCUGAGAUUUUUGGGUCAAAAUCUGUCUGUACGAACUGGAAGAUAUCGCUCUAUUCUCCAGUUGGUCAAGCCAUGGUACGAUGAAGUAAAAGAUUAUGCUUUUCCAUAUCCCCAGGAUUGCAACCCCAGGUGUCCCAUGAGAUGUUUUGGUCCCAUGUGUACACAUUAUACUCAGAUGGUUUGGGCCACUUCUAAUCGGAUAGGAUGCGCAAUUCAUACUUGCCAAAACAUGAAUGUCUGGGGAUCUGUAUGGCGACGUGCAGUGUACUUGGUAUGCAACUAUGCCCCCAAGGGUAACUGGAUUGGAGAAGCACCAUAUAAAGUAGGAGUGCCAUGUUCAUCUUGUCCCCCAAGUUAUGGUGGAGCAUGUACCGACAAUCUCUGUUUUCCUGGAGUAACAUCAAACUACCUAUACUGGUUUAAAUAAGCUUACAUUUUUCUAAAAGAGAUACAAUGGUUUCUGGGACUCAUAGGCAUCUAUAUAUAUUGAAUAUAU